AUGCCAUCUCCCGUCUCCGCGUCGACCACCGCACCCUCGGUCCAGUCGCAUGAACCAUCCGAUUCGGACGCCGCACAAGGCGCGCAAGACGCGCCAAAUGGAACAGCUGGAGAGGACGCUUCAGAUUCACCUGCCGGGCCCGCAGCAUCAGGACAGGCCGCCGAAGGAAGCGACGCCAUCCGCGAAGGUAAAGAGAAGGCGAAGGUGGUAAUGGUUGCUUCAGGCGUGGAAGUCGGGGCCGCGUCUGGCCAAAAGACGUCUCCAGGGCGCGCAACGUCUCCCUCGACCACCGGCGACGGCGCCAAUGGCACUUCCCCAAGCCGGAAACGAUCCAGAUCCGGGUCGCGAUUGCCCUCUCAACCGCCUGCGCCGGGGUCUUCGAGUCAGAGUCAACACGAACUCACGCAACAUCUCAUAAACGAAUACUCGACGCGCGACAUGCUACACGCGGCCGCAAUGAACCAACAAGCAGACAACGUGCGCCAACUCAUGAACGAGAAGCUUUCAGAAGUAGAAUACUACAAACAACUCCGUCAACAACGACAGAUAGAUCCCGGGUCCGUUUUUGGUCAUGGAUUCGACGGCUACGGCAAUGGAUUCACGGAAGCGAAGCCCGCUAGGCUACAGUAUCCCGCAGCGCGGAAGCGUUUGGGGAACCGCCGGUCCAAAAGCUUGCAAGUCACAAGAAAGGAUAUCACGAAGCAAGCCGAGCAAUACGAGGAGCUUGUACCCGUACGGCUUGACAUUGAGUAUGACAAGAUCAAGCUUCGCGACACCUUUACAUGGAAUUUGCAUGACCGCGUCGUCACACCAGAAUUAUUUUCGGAAAAUAUGGUCGAGGAUUUCAAGCUGCCUCAAGAGACUAGCCUGCAUGUUAUGAGGCAGAUUAAUCAUGAGAUCCACGAACAGCUUCAGGACUUUUACCCUCAUAUCUUUAUCAAGGAGGACCCCUUGGACCCGCAUCUUCCAUAUGAUGCAUACAAGAAUGAUGAGAUGCGCAUCCUCAUAAAACUCAACAUCACGAUUGGAGCGCACACAUUGGUGGACCAAUUCGAGUGGGAUAUCAACGAUCCCAUGAAUUCACCGGAAGAGUUUGCCAGAUCGAUGACGACCGAGUUAUCGCUUUCAGGCGAAUUUGCUACCGCGAUCGCGCACUCGAUCAGAGAGCAAUGCCAAAUGUUCACCAAGAGUCUGUAUAUCACCGGCCAUCCGUUCGACGGUCGACCAGUCGAGGAUGCGGACGUGCGCGACAGCUUUUUGUUGUCGCCUCUGGGCUCCGUUUUUAGGCCAGUUCAGGCAGCCAAAGACUUUGCUCCCGUGCUUUACGAGCUGAGCGAGGCAGAUCUCGAGCGCGCCGAGCUUUCUAUUAUGCGGGAACAGCGGCGACAGAAGCGAUCCGUCAAUCGGCGUGGUGGACCAGCAUUGCCGGAUCUCAAAGACCGCCAGCGUACGGUACGGACUAUGGUCGUCUCUUCUGUGCUUCCUGGCGCAGCAGAGCGCAUAGAGGAAAGUCGGCUGUACAAGCCAUCCCGUUCCUCUGGUAGAGGCAGGCGGACUAUUGGACGCGGAGACGGUAUAGACGAUUCGGAUGAAUCUGAAAGCGAGGAGUCAGCACCGGAGUCGCCGGCCCCGUCGCAAAUAAUGAUGGGAGGAACGGCUAGGACCCGAGGCAUGCGUGGGGCUGCAAUCGCAGCUACCGGUGCCAUGCGAGCAAAUUUGGGCCGGUCACAGACACCGGAAGUGUCGAUGCUGCAACAUCAUCACGAAACCCGCACCUCAAGGCGUUUUGGCCACGAGCGUGAGGAGAGCGUGGUGGCGGAACCGACGACAUUCAUGGUCAAGCUCCGUAUAUCGCGCGACAAGCUACGGCGAUGGGCGCAAGCGCAAAACACGCCACGGGCCGCGGAGUACAGGCAGAAUUCGAUAUCAAUGCCAUCGCAGGCUGCGACUCCCCUUCGCGCAACGCCGGCGCGCAGUUCAAUGCCACCACCGCCCUCACCGGCAACGCAACAGCGGUCCACGCCUGCUGCUGAUGGAACGCCGACGAGCAAUGGCCAACGAGAAUGGAAAUAUUUCCCUGAUGGGCGCGCAGAGGCAACAUUCCCUCAGCCACCAGCGCAUGAAACGCCCCCGCCCCCGCAAUGGCUCAAGGACGCUGUUAUCGCCCUCAAAGCAAAGUACCCUCAGGACAACUUCGACGCCACGAUGCGUUGGUCGGCCGUUGAUACGCGGACACAAUCGCCGGCGCGUAUGGACUCGCUGCCACAGGGCGCACCUAUUCCCUCGCAUAUCAAAUUCUUCUACCUGCCGAGGAUCAGGUGUCACGACUGCCCGGGCAAGCUGUACACUGCCGGCCCCGGUCUGACUGUUGAGAAUUUCGAAGUCCACCUUAAGAACAGGCUGCACCUGGAGGCAGUGAAGAAGAGGCGGGCUGCAAGCGGGGGGCUACCUUGA